AUGGCAACCGCGACGCAGCUCAUGCCGUCACCAAGUGGCCUUAAGUCCAUGUCGGCCUUUAGCCCCUACACGGACUCGCCCAGUUCGCCCGGCACUUUUGCCCACGUCUUUUCAAAUAGAUCUUCAGGGCAUGCCUCGGAACACCUCCAGCCACCACCCAGCCCGUAUCCGGCAACCAUAGACCCUUCCCCCGUCGACAGCAACGGCACUAGCCACACUGACCACACCGAGAUUGAGGACGAUGCGCAGGAAAACACGCCUAGCGAGGACGGCAUGAGCGACAUACGGUCCCCGGUUACUGACGACAUUCAGCCACAAACCCACAAGCUCAACACCACGGUCCGCCGCGCAGAUUCCGAUGAUGCGCCUCCAUCUGUCAUCCAUGCCCCGGACAGCUUCAAGCAAUUCAGUCGAGUGGGCACUUCUGGCGCCUCGUCCAGCGCAAACACGUCGGAUAACACCGUCGUUGUAUCGCCGUCGACACCAGAAGCAAACAUGCUGCCCGAAAUGGACGACAAGGACUCGUCUUCAUCCUCUGCAUUCACCGCUCCAAUUGACACCGCAGUCUCCAACUCCGUUGCUCCAGAUCGUAGCACACCGCGGGCACAAACCCGACAAGAUUUCGAAGAGGACCUUAGACGACGCAGUGCUCGCAAAAGCUUGAACCUUGCUGACAUUGCAGAGUACGAAGACAACAUAGCCACUGAUUCUUCUUCGAGCUCUGUCAUUGAUCAGGACGACAGCCAGUCUUCACAGUCACAGGAUGGCGAGUCAGCUUCAAUUGGCACCCAGACCAUGGGAGAGGCAAUCAUUGGAAUUCACGAGACAGAGAAGGAAGUAGCCGGUCUUCGAAGCGCUCUGGACGAAUGCUGGAUACUGUGCAACUCACUAGCAAAGUUGAGCCAACGUCAUCGAACGCGUAUGUUCCAUUACUCUGGCGGAAGCGCUGAUUCGCAGGAGCAUGCUUGGAGGACUUGUUGGCGGUUAUGCCAGAAACUCUAUGACAGCCGAGAAGAGAACCGCACAGCACAGAUUCAGCCCACUUUGGAGCUUUGCCGUGACUUUUGUCAAGCACUGUUUGAUGUGCGCCAACGAGGCGAUGAGGCGGCGGACUCAGUCCUCCGAGUCAGCUUUGAGCUCAACAACCAUCUCUACAAUGCUCACGACCGCACAUUGCCCGAGACUUUCCGUGAACGUACGCUCGACUUUUACUUGACCCUCUGCCAUCGCCUAAUGAAACAACGAACUUCGCUUCCCGAGGAGACGGAUUCACUCUUGCAUGCUUGCUGGUCGCUCGCAGAAAUGCUGUUUAGCCUCCGUCAAAACAGCCGAGACGGUAAACCCCCUGAUGAGGAAUUGCUAGGGUCGGCCAUCCAGGCCUGCUGGGAGUUGUGUGACUUGUUCCGUGAGGGAUGGACACAAGUUCGACCUGAUCGCAGCACCCCGCGACCGUCUCAGCACAGCUUUUCGGCAGGACGCAGUUCCAUGUCACACCGAUCCCAGAGCGCAUACUCCGAACGGUCUGCGAGGUCUUCGAGCAUCAAUGAAUCAUACCACUCGGCCAUGCAAACCAGGAGAGCAACCCCAAUGCAACCAGAGACUCCGACUACCAUUUUCGACGACCGUGAAGAGUUUUCUCCCUCAGACGAGCCCAACGUUCCAAACAUUCUGGUUCUCGGCCCAGAGGCCGGCCUGACGCGAACCCACGAUCGUUGGUCUUCGUCUUCUUCUAAUCUCUCAACAUACUCCGAUGCUUCGGUACACACAUCUUCUACUGCCACUGCUGGUCGAGAAGAUCCUGCUCUGAUACGCCUGAAAGGGCUCAUUGUUAAAGCAGCCAUCAACACUGGCUACAACCGCCAAACACCACUCCCAGACUUCAUUCGCGCACUACCGUCAAACAGCUUUGGGAACGAACCAUGGCAAACUGAAUUGUUCGACAACUAUCGGAAGCUUGUACUCAAAGACGCAGCUCUACGCAGCAUUCACACGCAACCACUUCGCCGAUUGACAGCACUUGAGAUUGGACGGUCUGUGCAAUGGUUAGGUAAAAACGAAUCUUUCAAGUGGCUCACAGAGCUAUAUCGAUUUGUCUUCGGAGCCUAUCCCGAGGACAGCAGUCAACGCAAUCUCAUCAUCAACGCUUAACGAGGGACCACUUUGCGUCACAUACGGCCUUUAUGUUUUUCCAUUUCCUUCGACCAUGGGUGCUAUUUUGAACGGGCUGCCUUAUUCGAUUUUUCGCCAUAUACCCUCAACGCUCUUUCCUGCAUGCGCCUCUAUCGGUCCCAGCAUGCUGUCAUGAUGCUGUAGAUUACGGAUUCGCAUCUUCUCUUCUGUGUAUACCUUGACAAGCAGCGGUCUUUGUUCUUGUUCUUCAGGCUUUCCUCUAGGUAUACGACCUUUAUCUUAUAGUUAUAAUCAAUGCAACGCUCUUGUUUCAUUGUAU